UUGAAGCACAAGGAGCCAAACUACUAAACAGAAAUUCAUAAUGUCUCUUAACGUUUCAGCACUUGCUUCUUUACCCAAAAAUGGGAAGCAAGACACAAAUCACCGGUCUGCAGAUUAUCAUCCUAGCAUUUGGGGGGAUCAUUUUCUUUCUUAUGCAACCAACUCUGUGGAAACUGAUGAUGAGAAAAAGCUACAGGAACUAAGGGAAGAUAUUAAGAAAAUGCUAAAGGCUGAUGUUAACAAGCCCGCAGCGAAACAUGACUUGGUAGACGCAAUUCAGCGUUUAGGGGUCUCUUACCAUUUUCAAACUUACAUCGAUCAAAUCUUAGAGAAAGUCUACAAGGCUCACGAAGACAGUGGUCUCCAAAAUGAGAACGAUGACUUAUAUUCCAUCUCUCUCGAAUUUCGAUUACUUAGACAACAUGGUUAUAACAUUUCCUCUGCAGACAUUUUCAACAAGUUCAAGGACAACAAUGGUGACUUCAAGGCAUCUCUUGCGGAGGACAUUCGAGGGAUCUUAAGCUUUUAUGAAGCCACACAUUUCAGGGUGCACGGAGAAACUAUACUAGAUGAAGCGCUUGUUUUCACUACCACUCUUCUUGAGUCCAUGGCAACCCAACUCAGUUCUCCACUUGCUGCUCACGUUAAGCAUGCCUUAUAUAAACCUCUUCGCAAGGGCUUACCAAGGGUAGAGGCAAGACAAUACAUGACAAUCUAUCAAGAAGACUCUUUGCACAAUGAAGUUCUGUUAACUUUUGCAAAAUUAGAUUUUAACAUAUUACAAAAAGUUCACCAGAAGGAACUCAGUGAUAUCACAAGGUGGUGGAAAACUUUAGAUGUUGAGAAUAAGCUACCUUUUGCAAGAGACAGACUGGUAGAGUUAUACUUUUGGAUAAUGGGAGUGUAUUUUGAGCCUGAUUAUGGGUUGGCUAGGAGGAUUCUGUGCAAAGUGAUUGCCAUGAUUUCCAUUCUUGAUGACAUCUAUGAUGUACACGGUACAAUUGAAGAACUUAAGCUUUUCACUGCAGCGAUUGAGAGAUGGGAUGUCAGUGCUAUGCAUCAACUGCCUGAGUACAUGAAAAUUACUUAUGGGGCUCUCCUUGACGUUUACGGAGAAAUUGAGAAAGAUAUGGCCUUCAAAGGAAAACUAUACCGCCUUGAUUACGCAAAAGAUGUGAUGAAGAUUUUAGUAAGAAAUUACUUCAACGAAGCUAAAUGGUGUGACAAAAAAUAUGUACCAACAAUUGAAGAGUAUUUGUCUGUUGCAUUACUUACCGGUGGUCACCUGACGUUAGCUGCCACAUCGUUUGUGGGGAUGGGAGAUGUAGUAACCCAAGAAUCAUUUGAUUGGGUAAUCAGCAACCCCAAAAUCGUUAAGGCCUCCUCAAUAAUUGGCAGACUCAUGGAUGACAUUGCAGGUCAUAAGGAUGAGCAAAAGAGAGCGCAUGUUGCUUCGGCAGUUGAAUGCUACAUGAAUCAGCAUAAUGUUUCUGAAGAAGAGGCAGUUAAAUUACUUCGCGAACUAGUUGAGGAUGCUUGGAAAGAUAUCAAUUAGGAAUUUAUUAAACCAGCUGCUGUUCCAAUGCCUCUGCUUGAACGGGUUCUUAAUCUUACACGCGUUAUUGAUCUCCUAUACAAAGAAGAUGAUUGCUACACCAAUUCUCAUUUGAUGAAGCGCCUUGUGGCCGCAUUGCUCACGGAUCCUGUAUUGCUGUGAAGAUUAUUCCAGGGACUGAAUAAUAUUCCAUUUAGUACAUUCCAAUUUGCACAUGGAAUAACUAUAUGGUUUACUAAUACUAAUAAAUGAUGUCCCUAAUAUUUAUUAUUAAUAAGUACCUAAGGUUCUCUCACUACUCGGCUACAAUGCUUUUUCCUUUUGCCUAUAUGGGUAGAAAUUUGAAGCACAAAAGAGAUUAAAAAUCGCCCUGUAGGGAGAUCAAUAAAUUCUAAUGCCUAUGUUCUAAACAGUUGUCACGUAAAUUUAAUUUGGUUGGCUCGAAAGG